AUGGAUAAUCAUAAAGCUAGAAUAUCUUAUAAGACAUUAAAGUCUAAUUUGGUUAAUUUACCAUCUAGUUUAACCAAUUUAUUAUUCACCGCCAACAUUCAAGUUCAAGAUGUGAUAAUAGAAAUGGUUACCACCACUUCAAAUGGUAAUAAAAAGAACUCUACCACCACUAAACACUAUGCUGGUUGGUCUGGAAUGUCAUCCUCUGAUAUUUCUAAUUUAGAAAUAGAUCCAGUAUUUGCUCAAUCAUUAAAUCUUAUUGAUAAAACCCCUAUCAUAGUCAAUUUAAAACUUGGGAAUUAUGAAUCAACUAAUAUCAAUUUAGAACCAUUAACAAGUUCUGAUUGGGAAUUAGUAGAAUUACAUGCUCAAUCAAUUGAAGAUAAAUUAUUGAGUCAAACUCGAUGUGUGGCCUUAAAUCAAGUAUUGGUAGUAUACCCUAGUGCUACAACUAGUGCCAAAUUAUUAGUAACAGAUUUAGGUAGUACUGAUCAUACGUUUGCCAAAAUAUCACCGUAUUGUGAAAUAGCUAUAGCUCCUAAAGUAAGAGAAAAGGAACAGAAAAAUAAUAAGACUGCAAGUUCUAGUAAGAGUAUUGCUAGUUCAAAAAGUACGAAAAGAACAACAUCAUCAUCGCUGGAAGAUUAUUCUGAUUUACCCCUGGUUUUGAAAAGAGGAAUAUCAUUACCACAUAAGUUAUAUAAUGUUAAUGAGGCAGUAGCAGGUUACUUUGUAUAUGUGGAUAUUGACGAUGAAUUACCUCAAGGGUUCAAUAGUGAAUAUGUUGCUGUAUCAGUGAUUCCGGGUCCAAAUGAUAAAACAUCAACAAAAGCAUUACAAGCAACCGAAGAUGACAACAACAACAACAACAGCAACAAUAACAACAAAAAUUUGAAAGAAAAUAAAAGAAUUAUUGCUAAAUUAGUAGACUACAAAUCUGGUCCUUCAGGAAAUAUUGGAUUAUCCCGUAACUUAGCCAUAGCAUUGAAUAUUGAAAAUCAAAUCGGGAACAUUAUUAGUUUGAAACCAGCUAUUAAAAAUUUACCCAAGAGACCAACAACGUUCACUAUUCAUCCUUAUAUUAUACAUACAAAGAAAAAAGAAAUCACUAUUAGCAGUAAUAAAAAGGAGAAUAAAUUGGCACAACAGUUAACAGAAAUCAUGUACCCUGGAAUUGCAUCAAUACCCAUUACCAAUUUUACGAAGAUCCCCAUUAUUGCCAAUAUUUUACCGUAUGGUGGAUUAUUGAGAUUUAGGAAAAAUGAUGAAUAUAAUGCUUGGAUUAAACCAUAUAAUUUAGAUCUGAAGAAACCUAUAAAAUUUGAAAUUGGUGAUGAAAUUUUACGUCCUAGUUCAUUUAUAGAACAAGAGAUUGACAAACCGACAACUAAUGAUACAGAAGAACAGGAAGCAAUUGGAUUAGACAAUACAGUUGAAGAUAUUGUUGAUUCAUUUAUUACAUCAGAUAAUACUGGGACUUUAGUAUAUGGGAAUUCUGGUAGUGGGAAAACUUUAUUAUUGAAAUUAGUGGCACAACAAUUAAAUCAACAACAUGGUUAUUUCACAAAAUAUAUAUCAUGUGACACCAUAAUGAAUGAAAAUUUCCAAAAUUUAUCUAAAAACCAUUUUUUCAAAUGGAUUCAAACUUGUGCAUGGAAUAAACCAUCAGUUUUGAUUUUGGAUAAUAUUGAUAAAUUAAUGAGUGUAGAAAUGGAAAAUAUGGAUGCCACCAAAUCUAAUCAAUUGACAGAAUUUUUCAUAUCUAAUUUAACGAAAAUUCAUCAUCAAUUAAAUUCCAAUUUAUCAAUAUUAUUAUCAGCUAAUUCUAAAGAUAAUAUUAAUAAAUUAUUAUUAGGAUCUCAUUUAAUUGAAAAUUUCCAUCAUUUAAAUCCACCAGAUAAAUCAUUACGAUUUGAAAUUUUAGAUAAAUAUUUAACUAAUAAAUUAGGAUUAAAAAUUAAGGUUGAUUUAAUGGAUUUAGUUAGUGAAACUGAAGGUUAUUUACCAAAUGAUUUGAAAAUUUUAAGUGAUAGAAUAUAUCAUGAAGUUUUGUUCAACAGCACUGAAACAGAAACAGAAACAGAAACUGAAGCCACCACCAAUGCCGCAGUGACUAGUGAACAUAUUGAAAAGGCUUUAGCUGGUUAUACGCCAUCUAAUUUACGUGGAGUUAAAUUACAAAAAUCAUCGAUUAAUUGGUCAGAUAUAGGAGGAUUAAAAGAAGCGAAAAACAUUUUAUUAGAAACUUUAGAAUGGCCCACUAAAUAUGCCCCUAUAUUUGCUAAUUGUCCAUUACGUUUAAGAUCAGGUAUUUUAUUAUAUGGAUACCCUGGAUGUGGUAAAACAUUAUUAGCCAGUGCUAUAGCUGGUCAAUGUGGAUUAAAUUUUAUUUCCAUCAAGGGGCCAGAAAUUUUAAAUAAAUAUAUUGGUGCUUCAGAACAAAGUGUUCGAGAACUUUUUGAAAGAGCUCAAGCUGCCAAACCAUGUAUUUUAUUUUUCGAUGAAUUUGAUUCCAUUGCUCCAAAAAGAGGUCAUGAUUCUACUGGGGUGACUGAUCGUGUUGUUAAUCAAAUGUUGACACAAAUGGAUGGGGCUGAAGGAUUAGAUGGAGUUUAUGUGUUAGCAGCUACUUCAAGACCAGAUUUGAUUGAUUCAGCAUUAUUAAGACCUGGUAGAUUAGAUAAAAGUGUUAUAUGUGAUAUGCCUAAUUAUGAAGAUCGAUUAGAUAUUUUACAAAGUAUUACUACAAAGAUGGAUUUGAGUGAUGAUGUGAAUUUACAUGAAAUUGCUGAAAAAACUACUGGAUUUAGUGGGGCUGAUAUGCAAGGUUUAGGAUAUAAUGCUUAUUUAAAAGCCGUUCAUGUGACAUUAGAGGAAUUAUCUCAAAGGGAACAAGAUGAAGCAAAUAAUGAAGAUGGUAAUAAUAAUUUUGAAAAAAAUUCCAUAGAAUUCUUUCAAGUGGGUAAUUCAGAAAAGAAAUUAAAGACCAAUGAAAAAAUCCAAUUAUUACAUCAAAUUCAACAAUUUAUGAAUCCUAAUAAAGAUAAUUCAGAUUCAGAAAGAAAAGCAGGUCAAGAUGCAAUGAAUAAAUCAAAAGUUUUAAUUACUCAUGAGAAUUUUUUGGAAUCAUUAAAAGAAACUAAACCAUCAAUUUCCCAUUCAGAGAAAAUCAAAUUAACGAAAAUUUAUAAAGAAUUUGUUAAUGAUCGAGAUGGUAAUAUGCCUGAUGGGACCCCAAGUAAUGAAAUUGGAGGAAGAACUACAUUAAUGUAA